AAGAAUUGGGCAUCAGUCGAUUUGAGCUCAUCGAUCAGACAACCCAACACAGACCACAAUGUACAAGCUGGUGGUGUUGUUUUCCGUGGUGGCUAUUGCAGUGGCCAAGCCUGGUUUAGUGGCGCCACUGGCGUACUCCGCAGCUGUGCCUGCUGUCAGCUCGGUGUCACAGUACAGUUCCAGCGUUCUUCACGGAAGCCCAGUGGUAUCCGCUGCCGUACCGGCCGUGUACAGUGCUCCUGCAGUUUACGGUCCCACCGUGGUCGCGCCCGCUGUGGUCCCCGCCGUAGCUGGCUUGGCCCAGGCUCCUCACUCACCAGCUGUGGUCCUGGAUGCCGUUCAAGGAGUGCCUCUGGACACCCCCGAAGUUGUCGCAGCUCGCGCCGCCCAUUACCAGGCUAAGGCUCUGUCUGGACUUCACCAUCUGAAGAAGAGAUCCCUCGCCCCCGUCGCCUACAGCUCUGUAGUAUCUCCCGUCGCACCUGUUGUAUCCGCCUACUCAGCCCCCUUGGUACAAUCUCCCCUUAUAUCCGCUUAUUCUUCCCCCGUGGUGUCAGCCCCUCUUGUUUCCGCUUACUCCGCUCCCGUCUUGGGUUCCCCUCUUGCCUACUCCGCUGUAGGCCCCAGAGCCCUUAGCGUCCAUCCCUGGUAAAUACGAUUGGUUUGUAAUUUUGUACAGCAGGCCGAUCUAGGUCUGAUCUAUGAUAAAAUGUAAAUAUAUCUUCUUAAAUCACUGCCGAAAUAAAAAUAUUUAUAAAUAA